AUGGCAGUGACAUCAGCGUCCUCUGGGGCGGCGGAGCUGCGUACGCUUAGGCUGGACGACAUCCUCUCUGAUCUGGACAUGCUGUCUUCGGACGAUGCGCUGUUCACUCUCGCGCGGUCUUCUGCACCCACCAUCACCAGCACGCACACGGGGCAAGAUCUUCUGUCCUCGUUCGAACGAGGAUCUCUAGAUGCCUCGACGCCGGAAGAUCGACGCAAGGCGUACGUGGGGCUGUCACACGCGCUUGUUGCGGGGUUCGCCCAUGCGGGUCGGCUGAACACGGAGCGCGUGUCUGCAGCCCAGGUGGGCCUGGUGUUGCCGUCGGAACGCACCCACUCGGGAUCGAGUCGCCCCACUGCUGCGCAUCCGCAGGGUCAAGACGCAACGAGAUCCGAUCUACUGCAUUCCAAAGUGGCAACUCUGCAGACGCAGGCGGAUGCCUGGCAUGCUGCGCUCGCCUCGGCGGUCGGACAGCAGCCCGAGUCGAGCGCAGAACCGAGACGACAAGAUGCGGCGAUACCAAUCGUGCAAGGGACCGACGGACAUGGGUCUCGAGCAGAUACCGGGACGAUUGACGGUCGCAUGGCCUCGGAGCUGUUAGAUGUGCAUACCAAGGCGACCACAGAAGCGGAAGCGGCACCGGCGCCCGAGGAAGCUGCACCCCGGCUCGACGCCACGCCUGCAGCGCCCGAUUUCGAAGACGACGAUCCGUGGAACGAUCUCUCGUAA